AUCCUCCCAGCCCCGCCCGCUGCCAGGGCCCAAGAGCUUGCACACUAAGUUGCAGGAGUACUUUCAGAGCCAGAAGAGCCCCAGAGCCUCAGAAGAGAUCCGGAGGGCGGUAGCCUGAAGUCUGCUAGGAACCGGGCAACCCGGCUUCCUGGCGCUCUUCCUCGAGGAGGAUGUCAGGCAGCUGGAAAGAUCGCCUUUCGAUCGGAAAUGUUCUAGCCUCAACCCAAACCAAAGAAGGUCUGAACCUCGUGUUGAUAAGAGGAGAUGUUUCAUAUUUCUGUGCCGAUGUCAUUGUCAACACCGUUCCCACGGAUCUUCAGCUUGGAAGAGGAUCACUCUCUCAGGCUCUUUUGCAGAAAGCUGGCCCCAUGCUCCAGAAAGAGCUAAAUGCCACCAGACAGGAAACAACGGAGAAAGUGGGCAGCAUAUUCAUGACAAGUGGCUGCAAUCUGGACUGCAAAGCUGUGCUCCAUGUUGUGGCUCCAGAUUGGGAUAAUGGAGCUGGAUCUUCUCAGCAGAUCAUGACGAAUAUAAUCAAGAAAUGUUUGACGACUAUAGAACAGCUAUCUUUUUCAUCAAUCACAUUUCCCAUGAUUGGAACAGGAAAUUUGGGUUUUCCCAAAGAUAUAUUUGCUGAAUUAAUCCUUUCAGCAGUGUUGAAAUUUAGUAGCAGUGCGUGGCUGAAAACCUUACAAGAAGUUCACUUUCUGGUACAUCUAGAUGAUGAUGAAGGCCGUCAGGCAUUUUUGGAUGAAUUCACUAGAUUGUUGAGUGGAAAUCCCAACAAGGACAGGAUUCUCAUGACUGGAGAUACCCAAGGUAUCUUCGGGACUGUCACUAACCCUAAGUCCACAAGGUAUAAAAUGAGAAUUGGUGUGAUUACUCUCCAGGUUGCUGUUGGAGAUAUCACAAAAGAAAGCACAGAUGUUAUUGUAAACUCAACAACAAGGACUUUUAAUCUGAAAUCAGGGGUGUCAAAAGCAAUUUUAGAAGGUGCUGGACCAGCUGUGGAAGAUGAAUGUGCUGUACUCGCAACACAGCCUCACAGAGAUUUUAUAGUUACACAAGGUGGACACUUAAUGUGCAAGAGAAUAAUUCAUGUUCUUGGGGAAAAUGAUGUCAGGAAAACAGUUUCCAGUGUUCUAGAAGAGUGUGAACGGAGGAAGUACAAAUCUGUUUCCCUUCCUGCCAUCGGAACAGGAAAUGCUGGGAAAAACCCAACCAGGGUUGCCGAUGACAUGAUCGAUGCUAUUGUAGACUUUACACGGAAACAUUCUACCCCAUCAUUAAAAAAAGUUAAAGUUGUUGUCUUUCUAACUGAGCUGCUAAAUGUAUUCUAUGGCAACAUGAAGAAAAGAGAAAUAACCACAUCACCCACCUUUCAGUCCACAUCCCCCAAGGCUGCAUUUUCAGGACUUCACAGACAGCAUCCUAUAAUACAUGGGCAAAGCACAAGCACUGUGGAAGAAAAUCUCCUGUCCACUGAUUGUUCUUCUGAGGGACAAAAUCAUGCCUGGGAAGCAGGAGUAACUAAUGAACAGGAAGAGGAGAGCAAUGAUGAUAUUCCUGAGUCCUGGACUGACACGAAUCAGCAGCUGUUUUGUGUGAUCCAGUUACAGCCCGGACAGUCAGAAUAUGACGCUGUGAAGGAGAGGUUCUCUCAGACUUGUCCUUCCUACACAAUAGAGAAGAUUGAGAGGAUACAGAAUGUAUUUCUCUGGCAGAGCUACCAGGUAAAGAAAAAGCACAUGGACAUGAAGAAUGGCCAUAUGGGUAAUGAGAGAAUCCUCUUCCAUGGGACAGAUGCAGACUCAGUGCCACACAUCAAUCAGCACGGCUUUAAUCGCAGUUAUGCUGGGAAGAAUGCUAUAGCGUAUGGAAAAGGAACCUAUUUUGCUGUUGAUGCCAGUUAUUCUGCUAAUGAUAACUACUCCAGACCGGACGGCAAUGGGAGGAAGCAUGUUUAUGUUGCACGAGUCCUUACAGGAGCCUACACACUCGGACAUGAGGGAUUAAUUAGCCCACCAUCAAAGAACACUUUUAAUUCCACAGAUCUGUUUGACUCUGUCACAGAUGAUAUACAAUAUCCAAAGGUAUUCGUGGUAUUCUUCGAUUAUCAAGCUUAUCCAGAAUAUCUCAUAACUUUCAGAUAUUAAAACAUAGGAUUUAGUCAUCUAUUUAUAAGAACAAUUUAUAGAGAUUUUGUUUUUGCCUUUGGCUUGUUUACACAGAUUUAAACAUUUCCAUGUUAGGUGCUAUAGUGGUGAAAAAAGUCUUUUUAAAUGCUUUAUUACAAUUUGUAGCAUACCUGUUUUCUGAGCAUAUUGAUGGGUAGAAGCUGAGAAAUGUAAAUAACACAAUUAUAGCUACAACUAUAGACACCAAAUCCAUAGGAGAACAGAGAGCACCUUUCUUCUUUUCUAUUAGAAAAGAAAUAAGAUGAAUCACUAUAGAGAGAGGUUGUCACCAUUCUUAUUGGAAUAUGUUAAGACAUCAAACUGUGUCGAGCUAAAGCAUACUAUUAAAUGAAUGGGCUGCUAUUAUGCAUCUGUGACAGCUAGGGAUUUUGUCUCUCUGAGAAACACUUAUUAGCAGUAGAAUGACUGAAUCAAGGAAUAUUACGUCAACUCUGUUGUGGAACAAGUCAGGUAAAAAAUGUGUUGUAUUGAUAUCUAAUGCUACAUUGCAAGUUACUGCCAAACUUAGUGGCUUUGUGGGUAAGGAAUUCGGGCCUGGCUUAGCUGAGUCAUUCUGGCUUGAGGUUUAUCGUGAAGUUGCAGUGAAGAUGUUGGCAGGGGAUGCAGUCAUCUGCCGGCCUCACUGGGGCUGGAGGGACUGCCUCCAGGGUGAAUCACUCAGAUAGCUGGCAAGGUUUUGUUGGUCAUUGGCAGGAGUCCUCAGUUCUGGUCCACUUGGAGCUCUCUGCAGAGCUGCUUUAGUGUCCUCAUAACAUGGCAGUUAGCUUACUCCACAGUGAGCAAUUUAGGAAAGAGAAGGCAGAAGCCACAGUGUCUUUUAUGGCUUACCUUCUGAAGUCAUACUCCAUCUUUUCUACAAUAUCCUGUUGGUUACAUGAAUCAGCUCAUUCAAUUUGGGAGGGAAUUAAACAAGGCAUGGACACCAGUAGUCAAGGAUCAUAGGGGACCAUCUUGGAAGUCAUAUAAAUGCAUGAACGAAUGAUAAAUUGAUAACAUGUUAGCAGUAAAAAGUACACUACAUCAUCUAGUCCCACUGUCCCCUCACCUUUCUUCCUUCACUAUCUCCCACUCCUAGGGAAAAAAGCCUUCUAGCCUCUGCUUGACCAUGUCCAGCACUUAGGGUCUUGAGAGGACCCAUUCCAUUCUGGGACAGCUCAUAUUAUUAGAAAACUCUUGCUUACACUGAGUUGAAAUGUAUUCUUCUAUGUCUAUUACCUGCUGAUCACUGGCCUACCUACACUGACCCAGAACACAUGUCAUUUAUUUUAGAGAUGAUGGCCCUUCAGAUUUAACCCUUAUACUAAUUUUAGCCAAAUUCUAAAAAUGUUUAGCAGCUUAUUUACCCUGUAACACUACUUUUCAGGAGUUGCAGACAUUUAAGAAUUGAUUCCAUUAUCAUAAGUAAAGCACAUGCACAUUUAAAGAGUA